CUCGAGAUACUUUUUAUUUAUUUGUUUUUCACUAGUUCUGUUUUCUCCUUUUCGUUUUACUCCUUUUUUUUAAAAAAAGAAAACUCGCACGGUGUGUCGGGUCUUGUUUAUACUUUAGACAUUUAAAUAGGAAGUACUGGUUUAGUUAUGUUACCACUCAGUUAUGGGUUAGAAGUAAUACACUUCUUGGAGCAUCCUCAUCACAAUCGGCCGGCAAUAAGGCCACAAGAACCGCCAAAAAGAUUAAAGACAGAGGAAUCUUUAGGCCCCUUGGAAAGCGUGACAGGGUCCGAUGGGGCUAACGGUGGGCCCGCCAGUCGUCAGAAGCCCGUCGAGCUGGUCUUUAAAGAUGUGUGUGUUUCACACGAUGGUAAACAAAUCCUCAGGGAUGUCAGUGGCCUUGUUAGGCCUGGAGAGUUGCUUGCUAUCAUGGGACCCAGUGGCUCUGGAAAGACCACACUUCUCAACGCUAUCGGUGGACGUAUUGGUAUGGACAGAGGAGUGGUCACAAUGAACGGCGAAGAACUCAACAAGCAACUACGAAGAAAGAUCUGUUACGUCCUGCAACAAGAUGUCUUCUUCACAGAUCUCACUCUUAAACAAACUCUCACAUAUUCAGCGCUGCUGAGGCUGCCAGAUCAUAUGCCACAUUCCGAAAAGAUUCGACAUGUUGAGCGUAUAAUUGACAUUUUGGAUCUUAGAGGGUGCCAAGACACAAUUAUUGGUGACAUGCUGAAAAGAGGUCUUUCAGGUGGAGAGAAAAAACGAGCCAAUAUUGCUUGCGAAUUACUUCAGAAUCCAUCUCUUAUGUUGCUUGAUGAGCCAACUUCUGGACUAGACUCCUGCACUGCCCAUUCUCUCAUGGUCUCUUUAAAGAGACUGGCUGCUGAAAACAAAUCAUUGGUUGUUACUGUCCACCAGCCAUCUAGUCAAAUAUUCUAUAUGUUUGACAAACUGUUGCUGCUUUGCAAUGGACAGGUGGCCUAUUUUGGUGAUGCCAGGAAAGUUGUAGAUUUUUUCAGCAACUUAGGAAUGCAAAUUUCUGCACAUUACAACCCAGCAGAUUUUAUAAUGGAACAGGUGAAAAAGAGCACAGAUGUUCAAGAAAAAAUUAUUGCAGCAGCUGUUGAACAGAGGAAAGAUCCUGACUACCCAAAAGAGCUUCAGGAAGAUUUUUACUGCCCGUCUGUUGUGAUUGAGUCUUCUCCUCCCUAUGAUGGCAAUGGGAAAUCUGUAGAAUGCAUUCACUGCCAUAGGCAAAUGUGGCAACGAUUGAAUCACGGAACUGAAGAAAGUUGUCAACCAUGUACUCAUUCCCUGAUGUGGAAUAUGUCGCAAGAAUCAAUGGACCAUACACAACCUGUUGAACUAAGGGUUAUGAUAGACCCUGACAAGAAACUUCCUACAGUUUACAGCAAAGUCGAAUCGAGAGAUGAUGAUGACUCUGGCCGAUCCUCCUGGUCAGAAGCAGCUAGUUCCACAUUCAGCAGUGAGGUUGACUUAAAAGAAGAACACAAAUGGCCUACCUCCUUUUGGACACAGUUGAAGGUUCUCACACAGCGAAACUUCAUGGAAGCGAGGUCGAGGAUGUUGUCUAAGUUGAAUUGGGUUCAGACGAUUGGACUCGGAAUUGUUUGUGGUCUAAUAUGGUUCCAAAUACCAAGGACUGAAUCUUCAAUUGCCGAUAUUAGAGGCUGGAUGUUUUUUGGUACUACAUAUUGGAUGCUUUUUGCUCUCUUCGGAUCUUUAAUAUCUUUUCCUCCUGAACGAGAAGUCAUCAACAAAGAAAGAGCAUCUGGAGCUUACAGGUUAUCCGCCUAUUACCUCGCAAAAAUGAUAGGGGAACUGCCACUAGUAAUCACACUGCCAACAGCCUUUCACUUAAUCUCAUACCCCAUGAUGGGGUGCCAUUCCAUCCAAACAUUCUGUAGUCUUUGGGGAUUUUUACUAUUAAGCACAGUUGUGGCUCAGAGUGUUGGACUUUUUGUUGGUGCUUCAUGCAUUGAUCUUCAAGUAUCAGUGACAGUUUCUGCACUCUACUCUCUGUCAACCAUGUUAUUUGGAGGCUAUUAUGCUUCUUCACUGCCAUCUUGGUUACAGUGGCUGCAGUAUUUUUCUAUGGUCCAUUAUGCUUACCAAAAUAUGCAGAUGAUAGAAUUUGGUGGAGGACCUCCUAUAAGAUGUGCCGAAGCAAAUUCCUUAUUCGAAGUCUGUCGGAAAAGCAACAGCACAUCCUUCAUUCCUAUUGACCAUAUCAUCCACCAGCAGGGGCAGGCGUUACCUAUGUGGGCCAACACCGUAAUCCUAUUAAUAUUCCUCGUAGUCUUCAGAUUCCUGGGCUACGCAGUUCUACGAUACGUUCGGAAACCUAAAUAG